AUGUUCUUUACUGCUUUUGAAGAUCUCUCUAAUGAACUUUUCUAUGAAAUAUUUGAAUUUCUUGAUUCUUAUCAUGUGUUUGAAGCUUUUCAUGAUCUCAAUAAACGAUUUCAAAAUCUUCUUGUUAAUUCAAAUCUUCCAAUUAAAAUCAAUAUUUCAUCUAUAUCAAAAUAUAGAUUUCGACGUUAUUUGACACAUUUUAUCAUACCUCACACUAAUCAAAUUAAAUCAUUAAGACUAUUCAAUCCAUUUGCUGCUGAUAUAAGUUUAUUACUAUUUCCAAUAAUGACAAAUUUAACUCGACUUGAGUCAUUAACUAUAAAUAAUAUUGAAUAUAAUUAUAUUGAAGAAAUUAUAAAUCAUUUAUCCUCUUUACCUGUUUUAUCUUCAUUAAUUAUUAUAUCAAUUGAUUAUAUGAAAAAAAUCAAAAUGAUAUUUAUCAGAAAAUAUUUCGUUUAUCUGCACUGA